ACACCAGCAGGAGGUACUACACCAGCAGGAGGAACUACACCAGCAGGAGGAACUACACCAGCAGGUGGAACAACACCAGCAGGAGGAACUACACCAGCAGGAGGUACUACACCAGCAGGAGGAACAACACCAGCGGGUGGUACCACACCACCAGGGGGAACAACCCCUUCUCCUUUACCCAGAUUAUAUGCUGCCCUUCAGGAUAAUAUUGAUCUGCGUAAUGCUAUGGACGAAUUAGCACAAUCACUUCAAAGUCUAAUUACUGCUUUCAACAGUAUCCUGAAUGCAAACACGGGAAGAAGGCACCGACGUAGUGUUAGCGACAUCGAGAGCAUCGCCAUCCUUAUAACACAAGCGACUGUAGCUGUUCAGAGUGGUAACACGACAGCUGUGACCUCAUACACAGAUGAAAUAAAGAUGAAGACAAGUACAGUCUCAGAUCUAGCAGUAGCAGCUGCAAACAAUGCAACACUCGCAAGUGAACUACAAGCAGACGUAGCUAAUGCAAUCAGUGGGAUAAGUGACCUACAGAGAGCCAUCACAACAAAAGACAAAGAAGUCCAAAGUAACAUUGAAACAAUACAGCAGGAAAUUAACCAGCUUGGGGGAACUACUGUUGAUGCAACAACUAUCAACAUUGACGUGAUAACAGACGGCGGCAACAAUGAAGAAACUACUACCAAGGCAGAGGAUGAUACUACCAUCGCAGACACCACCACCUUGGACACGAAUGUAGAAACUACACUAAUUGACACUACCACAGUCGAUACCACCCUGAUUGAUACCACAACAAUGGACACUACUACAGUCGAUACCACCCUGAUUGAUACCACAACAAUGGACACUACUACAGUCGAUACCACCCUGAUUGAUACCACAACGAUCGACACUACCAUAGUAGAAACUACAACGGUAGAUGUCACAAUCAUCACAGUCGAUACCACUACAGUAGACACUUCCAUAGAUGUUACAGCAACGGAAACUACCAUUGUCGACAUUACCACAACAGAAGAUACUACUAUCGUUUUCCCUAGUACCACCAUCACAGGAGGUAUCAGUACAAUUGACACCACCAUCACAGGAGGUAUCAGUACAAUUGACACCACCAUCACAGGAGGUAUCAGUACAAUUGACACCACCACACCAGAUGUCAUCACAACUGACACCACAACAGAUGUCAGCACAGAAGACGUCACUACAGUUGGUAGCACUACAGUAGACAGCAGUGCAGCAAUUACCACCACAGAAGCCCCAACCACCACAGAAGCCCCAAGUACCACGGAAGCCCCAACCACCACGGAAGCCCCAACCACCACAGAAGCCCCAACUACCACAGAAGCCCCAACCACCACAGAAGCCCCAACCACCACAGAAGCCCCAACCACCACAGAAGCCCCAACGACCACGGAAGCCCCAACGACCACGGAGGCCCCAACCACCACGGAAGCCCCAACCACCACAGAAGCCCCAACCACCACAGAAUCCCCAACCACCACGGAAGCCCCAACCACCACGGAAGCCCCAACCACCACGGAAGCCCCAACCACCACGGAAGCCCCAACUACCACAUCUACGUCAACAACAAAUGCCUGAAGAAUCAACUUGUAGCGCAGAGGCGACAUCGACUGGACAAUGUCAUUAUCUGAAAAAAAAAAAAAAAAAAAUCACGAAAACAAAUAAAUUGUAGCCAAUACAUACGCCAUAUUCUUGUGAACUACACUCUUCCAAAGGAAUAUAAGUUUCUGUAAACAUUUAUAUAUGUAUGUCUUUCUACUGUCGUAAAAUAUGUACCUCAUGACAAAAUUACUUAUUAGCAUAAGAAAAAAAAUCCUUGUUACUGAUAAAAUUUUAUGAAAUAAAAAAUACUAGCAUUCUAA